ACUGUGAUGAUGUACAUCACCAUCGGGACGCGCAACCUGCAGAAAUAUGUCAGCAGGACCUCCGUGGUGUUCGUCUCCAUCUCCUUCAUCGUGCUGAUGAUCAUCUCGCUGGCCUGGCUGGUCUUCUACUACAUCCAGCGGUUCCGCUACGCCAAUGCCAGGGACAGAAAUCAGCGCCGGCUGGGAGAUGCUGCAAAGAAAGCAAUCAGCAAGCUGCAGGUCAGAACCAUCAGGAAAGGUGACAAGGAAACUGAGCCAGACUUUGAUAACUGUGCAGUUUGUAUUGAAGGCUACAAACCCAAUGAUGUUGUCAGGAUAUUGCCUUGCAGGCAUCUCUUCCACAAGUCGUGCGUGGACCCCUGGCUGCUGGACCACCGCACCUGCCCCAUGUGUAAGAUGAAUAUCCUCAAAGCUCUAGGCAUCCCGCCAAAUGCAGAUUGCAUGGAUGACAUUCCUCCAGACCUGGAAGCAUCCAUAGGAGGACCACCCACCAACCAGAUCACGGGAGCCAGCGACAUAACGGUGAACGAGAGCUCUGUCGCGCUGGACGCCCCGGCACGGACCCUGGGCGUGCUGCAGGUCAUCCAGGACGUGGACUCCUUUCCCCAGCCUGGGGAGGGUAACUUCACUACGAGCAAUGAACAGGAGCCAGCAGUCAGCAGUGAUUCAGACAUUUCAUUGAUUAUGGCAAUGGAGGUUGGACUCUCCGAUGUGGAGCUCUCCACUGAUCAAGACUGUGAAGAGGUGAAAUCUUGA